AGGAGAAACGGCAAAGAUAAUGGAUCAGAAAAGUGCUGCCAAGCUCCUGGAGAAGAGCCCGUUCUCCGUCAGUGCCCCGAGCCCCCUGCUCCCCUCUCCGGCCAGCCUGCAGCUGGCCCAGCUCCAGGCACAGCUCACACUGCACAGGCUGAAGUUGGCUCAGACCGCCGUCACCAACAACCCUGCUGCCGCCACAGUCCUCAACCAGGUGCUCUCCAAAGUGGCCAUGUCCCAGCCGCUCUUCAACCAGCUGAGGCACCCCUCUGUGAUGGGUGCUUCUCCGGGACACUCUGCAGGUGGCCCUCCGCCAGGGCCUGCCAUUGCUAGCACAAGGUUCUCCUCUGGCGGCAUCGCCUUUCCCGCACAGAGCGCAGGGGGCAGCCUGGGGCCCAUGCAGGCCCAGGCCCCCAACGCCAUCGUCAUGAGUCCCUUUGGAGGCGUCAUGGCUCCCACCUCCAGCCAGCAGCCCGUGGUCGUUGGACUCAACAAGGUGGGCCCCUCCGCCGCUGCUGCCGCUGGGGGCUUUUAUGAGUACAGCAAGCAAAAUGUCAGCGCCCCACAGGGCUACGCCUCGGAAGGGGAUCAGUCCGGCUUCCCUUCGGCAGUUGGGGCUCGCUACGAGGGGCCCUUUGGCCCCGCCGGCCCGCUGAAGCACGACUCUCCAGCAGGGUUCCAGAAAGAUGCCUAUGGGGCAGCGCCUGCCUUCCCCGGCGACCCACACACCGGUGCUCAUCCAAAAGGAGAUCCCAGCCCCAUCUUACAUGGCACAGGUACAAGCAACCAGUGGGAAAAUAUCCCCAAUUUCUCCAGCCAAAACAAGUCUGACCUCCUGCCCAGUGACAGCAUGUGGCCAUCAGCAAGCCAGCAGCCGUAUGAAAUAAGAAACGAGCUGUACAACCCCGAAGAACCGACACCUGACACAAAGUUUAGCACGGCCGCUGCCCCGGCAUUCGGCAGGCUCAACAAUAGCAAGCAGAGCUUCGGCAGCCCCCGGCUGAGGCAGAAUGAGGAGCUGAGCGCCGGCGCGCCCGACCUGCCCAUGAGGUCACUGCAGCCCCACGAGCUGAACGACCUUCAUGGUGUGGCUCCCCUCCACUUCCCCCAUGUCUGCUCCCUCUGUGACAAGAAGAUCUUUGAUCUGAAGGACUGGGAUCAGCACGUAAAGGGAACUCUACACAUCCAAAAAUGUAUGGCUUUUUCAGAUAACACUGGUAUCCGGUGUGUGUUAAGUUCAGCAGAUGGAACAUUGCAUUUAUCACCAAAUAAUGCAGCAGUUUUCAAUCCAUCUAGUAUUGAAGAUUAUCCACCAAAUGUCGGCUCGUCUUUUAUCACUACGUCAGCAAGAUCCUUUGGCCAGCCAGGUGCUACAUUUCCUUCUCUUCCAUCAGGGUUUCCCCAGAGGAAAUCUACAUUGGGUCGAGUUGUUCACAUCUGCAACCUCCCCGAGGGAAGCUGCACAGAAAACGAUGUCAUUAACCUGGGCCUUCCGUUUGGGAAGGUCACCAACUAUAUCCUCAUGAAAUCCACUAAUCAGGCCUUUCUGGAAAUGGCUUACAGUGAAGCAGCACAAGCCAUGGUGCAGUACUACAAAGAAAAACCCGCUAUGAUAAACGAUGACAAGUUACUUAUUAGGAUGUCUAAAAGAUACAAGGAGUUGCAGCUGAAGAAACCAGGUAAGAACGUGGCUGCUAUCAUCCAGGACAUCCACUCACAGAGGGAGAGGGACCUGCUGCGUGAGGCAGACAGCAGGUAUGGCACAGAGAGGCCCCGCUCUCGCAGCCCCAUAAGCCGUUCCUUGUCUCCCCGAUCCCACACUCCCAGCUUUACCUCCUGCAGUUCACCCCGCAGCCCGAUGGGGACCGGCAGGACCGACUGGGGAAAUGGAAGAGAGUCGUGGGAUCAGUCCCCAUAUUCUCGACGGGAAGAAGAAAGAGAAAGCAGAGAAUGGCGAGAGAAUGGGGAUGAGAAGAGAGACAGGACUGACGUAUGGGUACACGAGAGGAAACAUUAUUCCCGACAGCUAGACAAAUUUGACUUGGAUGAACGGAUUGAAGGAGGCAGAGGGCACAGAGAAAAAUACGUAAGGAGUGGUUCUCCUGGCUCCCUCCACCCUUUGUCUGGCUACAAGAGCAGGGAAGAUGACUAUUACCGAAAAGCCUCUAAGUCAAAAUCCGACAAAUUUCAGAGGCAGGAGUUUUCUGGGAGAUCCAAGAGAAAGGAAGAGGCAAAGUUCAGGGAACACAGGCAUUCUUACAGUGAGGAUGCUGUAAGGGAGGAGACGGCUGAACAGAAGCAUAGCAAGGUCUCUGAGAGCUCCAGGCAGAAACAAAGCGAUAAGAAUAAAGUGAAGAAAGCUGAAAAAGACCAAAAAGAUGCUGUUGCUGAAGGCAGUGAUGUGAAGGAAACCAAGCCUCCUGAGAAUAAGCUUGGUAAAGAGGAGCAAGGUCCAGAGAAGAGCUCACCUUCAGCUGAUAAACAAGGAGGAGAAUCUGGAGAGACUCUGGAAAACGCAAGAAAAGAGAAGGACCAAGACUGGGAGAGUGGAAGUGAGAUAGAAGGCGAGACCUGGUAUCCUGCUAACAUGGAGGAAUUAGUGACAGUAGAUGAAGUGGGAGAAGAUGACCUAAUUAUGGAGCCUGAUAUAACUGAGCUUGAGGAAAUUGUACCAGUUGAUCAAAAAAGUAAAGCUGCUACAGAUAUGUGUUCCUGUAUGACAGCCAUAUUAGAACUGGAAAAUGAUCAUAGCCACCUAAACAGGAGUGAAGAGAAAUUUACCCAUAAACCUUUAGAAACAAGCUUCAGAUCAGUAAAGGGAAGUGUAGCUUCUAGCAUCUGUCAGGAUGACGAGGAAGAUGAUAAUGAUGAUGCUGUAACUGAAGCAUCAAGCCUAAAUCUGGACCGUGAGCAGAAGCCAGAGGAGUCGCAAGACCAGUCUGCUAAGGAGUCUGACCACCAGCAGAAGGAAGUAAAAAAUGAUAAAGGCUCUGACACUCAUUUAGAACCUGAAGAUCAGCAUGCACCUUCUGUUCAGCUAAAAGAGGAGUCUCUCCAGCUCCCUGAUGAAUUUAUAGAUGAUUACAAACAGAUGGGAUCACAAGGAGCUGAAAGCAGAGAAGUUAUGGAAAUGCUUGUUAAAAAUGUUAGUGAAGAAACAAGACGUGAAAGCCAAGAGUGUCCAGAGGCAAAUUCUAGGUACCUGGAAAUGAGAUCUCUGGAAUACCCAGAAGUAGAGUCUAGGAGGAGGCACUCUCCGGCAGGCUGGGAACAAGAAGAUGUCUUCACCGAACUCAGCAUUCCCCUGGGCGUGGAAUUCGUGGUGCCUAGAACUGGGUUUUACUGCAAGCUCUGUGGGCUCUUCUACACGAAUGAAGAGACAGCAAAGACAAAUCACUGCAGAAGUACUGUCCACUACAAAAAUCUUCAGAAAUAUCUGUCCCAGCUUGCAGAAGAGAGCCUGAAAAUGAAGGAAGAAGACAGCCACCUGCUUCAGGAUGAUGCUGGAAUUGUUCCUCACUUUACAAAGAAAAAAAUAUGAUGUGUAUGAGUUGGAAGAGCCAUAAUGAGUGAAUGCUGAUAUAUUUUUUAAUUUUAUUUUCUCUGACAUAACUGUCAAUUUGCACUGUACAGAGGAGGGGAAAUAAAGAGCAUCUUCCAUGCACCUAUGCCCAGAGUGCCAUUAAAAACCAAAAUGCCUGAAACUGUUUCCCACGGUGAAGCAAAGCUGGCAUAUCUGUACCAAGUGGAGCAAUUCUUUCUCACACUCUGCACGUUGGGAGUGGUUUCCUAGAUUAAAUCAGAAUUCUCAGGGAUUCUUCAGGUUUUAAUUCUGAUGUGACACAUCAGGUCAGGCAGAGUAUUUAGAAGCACUCAGCAUCCUCCAGUGGACGCUGGAAGGAAAGGAGAUGUGACUAUAAAUAGGCUUUAAUGUUGCUUAAAGUGUCUGCAGUCAUUUUGCUCAUUACCCCCAGUGAGUAGGAUUAGUGAGUAGGAUUUGCAUAGGACAUCUAAAGCCAUUGUGCUAAAACUAAUCUGUAGAUGGCAUCGUGUAAACCCCACCAGCAUCCAUCUCCAUGCGUCUUGGAGCUGGGUGAAAUGAUAGAUAUUUGUGUUGUUAAGCACUGACAGUGUUGUACGAAUGCAGAGGGAGCCACAGUCUCUGCCCAGGGACCUUAUAGCCUGAGCCCAGCACAGAGAGAGCAAUUCAAACACACGUGCUGGCAGCUCUGGAUUUCAGCAUUUUCUAUGGCGUGAUCAGGGUGUUCUCCAGCUACUGUUCUGUUUAAAACUCUUCUCUUUGACGAAUCUAAAGAGUGCCAACUUUGAGUCUUACAGACUUGAAACUUUCAUGGGAAGCUUUUUAAAGUGCCAUGUGUUUGGACCAUGUUGCUUUUAGACAUUUUACUUGAGACUCUUGCUUUUGGAGUCUUUCUGUUUUCUUCUCAGAGCUGCUUUUCCUUGGCUUGGCAAUGUUGAAUUUUCCUGGUUUUCAUGGAAGGAUGCCAGACUUUUAAUAUUGUUUUCAUAUUUUAUUUCCCUGAUGUUUUUUAAGGUGAAUGUCACAACUCAUGGCUCACAGGAUGAACACAGGAUGCACCAGCAGCUCUGGCAUUAUUACGAGCUAUUGUUUCUGUGCAGUUGUUACUUAGUAUUUUGCUCAGUCCCUUUGAAAUGCACUGUACGAGUUUCUGGUUCAUUUCAAUGGGGCUUUGUGUUGUAUAGUGAAUGCGUAUGCAAACCAUUGCCAGAAUUGAUCCCAGAGUUAUGCUUUUAUAAAGUGCACCACGUAAUCUAGGCAGAUGCGGAAUUGCAGACGUGUUUCUGUUCUUUGCCUGACUCUCAUACUCAUCAGAGUAUGUUCUGUAAAAACUGCUGGUGCAAGAUGUCCUGUUUAGAUGUUGUAAGUGGAAAUAGUUUCCCAGAAGGUUCCCGUCAUCGCUAAGCAUGACAUGGACAUUGCAAACUAUUACAGAGUGACUGAAAUGCCAAAACCGCUUCCACCAAAGUAUUCGUUCCAUUAUUUCUUGUGCCAGCAGUCAUGCUUGUUCUCUGCAGGAUCCUGUGGCCAGGCAGCGUGUCUUAGAGGUGUCUGGCGUUGUUGCCUGAAGCCCUCUUCCAUUUCAUGGCCUGUGCUUUCCACUCGUUUUACCAGAGGUGGGUUCAGAUUUCAUAUUUGGAAUUCCUGUUACAAGUUGAGGGAUUCUUUGCAUCCCAGAUUCAGAUGUGGCCUAUCCAAAAGACAAGGGGAAAUGAAAAACAUUGCAGCAUAAAUCCUUCUUUAUCCACACUUGAAGUAUUUUUAAGAUUUGGGUCCAUCUGUCAUUUAAAACAGCCUUUGUUUUCCCCUAAGUAAAAUAAAUAAAUAAAUAAAAGGGAAAAAAAUGCAAACAAAGAAUUUUUCCUUCAAAGGUUGGGCUUUCCUUUGGCUGUUUGUUUUUCACAUAGCAGUGAAAUUUGAGCACAGAGCUGUUAGGGCAAGAGCUUAUAUUGCAAGCUAUAAGAUUACAAAAAUGGCAGCAGAGAUUGUGCAACCAUCUUCUAAAGCACAGCUCUCAGGCUGGUCGUGUAUCAUCUGAAUGUGAAGCUCCCCUUAUGCCCUUCAGCACAAUCUGGGUACGAGGGAAGGAAGUCACUCCAGUGCAAGCAUUAGAUUUUUGAAGCUAACCCUGCUCUCAAACUGGGGCUCUCACUGCCCUAAUGGCAGCUUGUUAGACCAUGUGGUUAAGUUUAAUUGGAUGUGAGACACAGCUGACUGUAUAUCAAAGUCAUAUGCCUCCAGCAACUUUAUCCCCAGGUAACCUCGAAUGAGAAAAGUAUCACUGUUAUUAUUCUUUAUUUGUAUUGCAGCAGAAGCUACAGGUCCACUGCCUUUAUUAUAGGCAUGACACGAAUCCACAACAAAGACUUUCCCAGGCCAAGGAGCUUUAAACUUUCAGAAAACAGACAACAGGUGGAUACAGGCAGGCAGGGAAAGCAAUAGGCAAGCAAUGAGAUUUUGACUGGCAGCAGCAGAAUUACUAAAGGGAGGGCUUGCCCAUGAGGUUAUUUUUCACCCCUCCUCAAAUUCUUAAUCAGGAUCACUCUCAUUAUUCAUAGCUUGCAUAUUUAACCUUCUUUUUCCUAUCUGGUUGCAUUAGAUAUGCAGAAUUCCUUCUUGAUACUGAAGCAGACUGAAGAUGUCCUCAUUUAAAUUUUGGUCUCCAUCUAGAGCUCUAGGAGCAGGAGGAUCACCAAGGAUCACCAAGGGCCUGUCAUGGCUCCAGGUCCUUUGUUUGGGUCAGGGCCCAGGCCACUGUUUCGCAGCUGAAGGAAGUAGAAGGAGGACACUCUGUGUGGCAUCUCUACCCUACUUAGUUUCCUCUCCUGGAAAUGUCUCAAGUGAGAGAUGCAGGAGCCAUGCCCAGCCCCACAGAUGUGACCUAACCAGACAUUUAUAGAGAUGGUUUGGUGGCCCCAUUCCUCUGAACAUCGUCCCACACAACAGCAAUCUGUAACAUCUUAGGUACAGCCAUAGGGACAGUUUUCUUUCUGAGGAGCUGCUUUCUCACCCUAGAACUCAACACUUUAAAGCAAUCUCUAGUCUCAAUUAACUCCUACUGAUCCCUACGAUCACUUUUCAGCCCGAUUCACUUUGAGAUCUCAGAGACAAUCUCCUUCCCUCCCCAACAGGCCAUCAUGCAAUGCUGACAGGCACUCAGCUCCUCAAUUUCUACUACCUAUUCUGCUGAGGAAGAAAGCCACUGUAGGCAGUUGCUUGCCUUUCUCAGCUUAUGUAAAAGUGUGUUUUUUUGUUUGUUUGUUUGUUAUAUUUUAAAUUUUUACUUUUUUGUUGGCAGAAUUCAUCAUCACUAUAAUCCACGCUGUUAAUACAUACAUACAUACAUAUAUAUAUAUAUAUAUACACAUUUUAUAUAUAUAGCACAAAGCAGGCUCAGGUCUAGCCAAAAAUAUAUUGAUAUUUAAAAAAACAAAAAAGAGCUUCCUUAAUAUGUACAAACCAUUUCAACACAUCUUAACCAAAGAUUGCACUUUUUGAAUAGGGACUGUGCUUUUCAUCUCUGUGAAAUCUGUAUUGAUCUCAAGUAGUCUUUAAUGUCAAUCUGCAACUUACUUUCCUAAAAGUAGUAUUUCCAUAAAAUAAAACAAUUAAACAUUUGCCCCAUAAGAUUAGACAAAGUUUCACAUUGGCUUUAACACUAAAUUAGUGUUAGGCUGGUUAUAUUCAGGGUUUUUCUAUUCUCUAAGGAUUAAGGCUGUGAUUUGUUGAAUUAUACUUGAACUGGACCAGAUGUAUUAUUUAUUGAGCUUAUAUAAUCUUGUUAAUUUAAGUUUUGGCUUGUAAACAGUUGGAAUUUGUUAGUACUUGUUUAAUUAUGUAGGAACUGUCAUCAAUAUUAACUGAUCUGUGUAACUGAUUGCAAUUUGUGUUUCCUAAAAAGAAAGAUUUUA